GGAGCCAAGCAGAAGCUUCAGCUUGAAGCUGUCAUCGGCCCUCUGAAUCUGUCUGCCUCACUCUAUCAUCCCUCCCUCCUCCUUCCUCAAUCUCUCUCUCUCUCUCUCUCUCUAUCUCGUCCACUCCCUCGCUCUCUCUCCCCGUGUGUGUGUGUGAUGUGGAUGCAGAGUGUGUGUGAGUCGUGAGGCAGCCAGCCAGCGAAGCGCGUGUUGUCGCAGGAAUCCGCGACACACCGGCAGACCCGCUGGGGUGCAGGCAGCCCGCCGCCCCUGACACCGCCGAGACCGACGCUCCCUCUCCCGGACUGACAGGCCAAUCGCAGGCCACCGCUCGCCCUCCCACCAUCCACACAGCGCGCUCUCUCUCUCUCUCACUCACACUCCCUCCUCCUCCUCCUCUCUCUCUCUCUCGCUCCGGUUUUCAUUCCUUUGCGUUCAAUCCGUGCAUCCUCCUCCUCCUCUUCCUCCUACUCCUCCUCCUCCUCCUCAUCACACCUUUUGGUCAGAAGAGGAAGAGGAAGCCCAGCCCAUGGAGAGACGCUGAGAGGAUGAAACUCUGACACGCCGACAGACCACAGGAAAACAAGAGCACAACUAUAAUUGCUAGAAGGAAGGAAGCGCCGAGGAAGGUCAGCCAAGAAUCCUGCCGCAGGUGCCAGAGUGAGAUCUACAGGACUACAAUUACUUGGACAGACUGAGGGGAGCAGAGCAAAGUGAAUGACAGUGAGGCGUUGACGCUGGACUUCGCUCUCUGCGUCCGCAGCCAUUGAUUUCUCCUCUUCCCUGCUCCUGCGACCUCUGACCUCCAGCCUCUGAGAAAGGUUGUAUCUGACGGAGGGACCGGCGCCGCGCUCCCAUCCCCGCGCUCCUUCAACAACAACACUGGUUCUUCAGUCCCUGUGGCAGCAGCAGCGAGUCGAGUGACCCAGCCUCAGCCAGACCGGCUUCACCUGUACAUGGAGACCCCCAGCUGGGCAGCUGAUGGCGGUGACAGUGAUGUGGCGCAGACAGGUGACAGGAGCGAAUUGGCAGGAAACACGUUGUGUAAGUCAGGAAGCAUCGCCGUCUUCGGGAACGUGGUGUACAGCGGACUGCUGAACGAUCACCUCUGGCAUUUGGGAGUGCCCCUCUUUACAAGACUGGGUAACCAAGAGGCCACCAACCCCCCAGAAGCGAUGGCCCAGCCGUACACCCCAGCCCAGUACCCUCCCCCACCACAGAAUGGCAUCCCCGCAGAGUUCGCGGCGCCGCACCCGCUCCCGACGCAGGACUACACCGGGCAGAGCCGGGUCCCCGAGCACGCCAUGACCCUGUACACGCCCACACAGACGCACAGCGAGCCGGCCGGCACUGACAACAGCACGCCCGCCAUCACCGCCACCACGACCGCACCGGUCAGUGCCCUCCAUCACCUGCAAACACUGUUCUCGACAGACUGUCAGCAAACAGAUGACGUGACGCAAACAGAGGCCUCUCAGCAGCUCCAGCUCCAGCACUCAGACUCUUCAGAGAAGCAGCAGCCCAAGCGGUUACACGUCUCCAACAUUCCCUUCCGCUUCCGGGACCCCGACCUAAGGCAAAUGUUUGGGCAAUUUGGAAAGAUUUUAGAUGUGGAGAUUAUCUUUAAUGAGCGAGGAUCCAAGGGCUUUGGGUUUGUAACUUUCGAAACAAGCACAGAUGCUGAUCGUGCACGGGAGAAACUAAACGGUACAAUCGUAGAGGGACGCAAAAUAGAGGUGAACAACGCAACAGCACGAGUGAUGACAAACAAAAAAGUGGCCAACCCCUACACGAACGGCUGGAAGCUGAACCCGGUCGUCGGAGCUGUCUACGGUCCUGAACUGUACGCCGUAACAGGGUUUCCCUACCCUGCCACAGGCGCUACGGUGGCCUACAGGGGUGCCCACUUGCGAGGUCGGGGGCGGGCCGUGUACAACACGUUCCGCACGGCUCCUCCGCCGCCACCCAUCCCAGCUUACGGAGCGGUGGUGUACCAAGAUGGCUUCUACGGCGCAGAGAUCUAUGGUGGAUAUGCAGCGUACAGAUUUGCCCAGCCCACCACCACCGCUGCUUACAGUGACAGCUAUGGCAGAGUCUAUGCAACAGCAGACCCCUACCACCACACGAUUGGCCCUGCCGCCACGUACAGUGUGGGGACUAUGGCUAGCCUAUACAGAGGAGGGUACAGUCGCUUCACUCCCUACUAAAAGAAAGAAA